GCUAUUCAGAGGCACGCGUCCACAAACUCGCGCGCACGUGUCGAAAUCGAAAUUUAAAAAGCGGUUUUUAAAAAUUUCAUACGGGAGUGCCGCAAGGGUGCGUUUUUGGCCCAGUGUUUAAAAUAUCGAUCUAGUGUUCUAGUGAUUUUAAUUCAUGUGCAGUGGUCCAUUGGGAUGCUGAUAUAAAUGGUAAGCUUCCAAAUACCUUCAAGGUUACAACAUUAUCUAGCUGAAAACCAUAAAUUCCAUAUCAACCACGAUGCCAACCACGUGAUCCCAACAUAGUGCCUUAAAUUAUUAAACCAAUACAUAUGUGCCUCAAACUGUGUAAUAAAUCCAUACAUAUGUGCGACAAGAAGUUUUUAGCCGCGGAAGAGAAGAUGACGAACUGUCCAGAGUCCAGGAUCAUGAUCAGGUCCAGUGAUGGACGGACAAACUACUAUAGGACACAGAUUCUGGCAGCCCUGGCAGUGUCCCUCGGGCCCUUCGCAGCGGGUCUGAGCAAGGGCUACAUGUCUCCCGCUAUCGCGUCACUACAGGACACGAAACCUGGCGGCUUUGCGGUUAGCGAUCAGCAGGCUAGCUGGAUCGCUAGCUUAAGUUUAUUAGGUGCCCUCUUCGGCGGAGUAAUCGGUGGUCUAGCCAUGCGUCUAGGCCGACGAUCAGUGUUACUCGCUGCCGCCCUUCCCUAUACGCUCACGUGGCUAGCCACGGCCCUGUCUACUGGGGUAGACAUGAUCUCCAUCACUUCCUUCUGUGGGGGCAUGUUGGUGUCUUGCAUAUCUAUGAUUACACAGGUAUACGUCACCGAAAUCGCCGUCCCAGACAUCAGAGGCUGCUUAAGCUCCGUGCUCAAGAUCCUCAGCCAAAUAGGCAUCCUCAUCUCCUACUCCUUAGGAGCCUACUUGGAGUGGCACCAGCUCGCCCUGGUCGUCGCUUCAGCACCAGUGCUUCUCUUCUUUGCUCUUCUCUUCAUACCUGAAACCCCUUCCUCUUUAUUAUUAAGAGGAAAGGAGGAAGAAGCUUCAAGUGCCUUACAAUGGUUAAGAGGACCUGAUGCAGAUGUGAGACAGGAGCUAGUCACUAUUAGAACGAAUAUCCUCGCCAGUAAGAGAUGCCACGAUGGAGGAAAGCUAAAGGCCCUUCUAUCAAAGAGAUUGACAAGGCCGGUCCUAAUAACAUGCGGUCUCAUGUUCUUCCAAAGAUUCACAGCCGCUCAUGCUUUUAACUUCUAUGCUGUGAACUGGUUCAGGAAGACUUUGAGAGUCCUUAGUCCUCACGGAGGUGCUAUAGCUACCAGCGUCGUCCAGCUUUUAGCAUCCUGCUUAUCAGGGAUGCUGAUAGACCAUGUGGGAAGACUACCACUUCUUUUAAUAAGUGGAGCAAUGAUGUCGCUGGCUUUAGCUGGAUUUGGAUCCUACGCGUACUACCAAGAUGUUAUUUUGACGAGUAGCAACGUUGACUCUGGAUCGUAUGACUGGAUUCCUCUACUCUGUGUGUUAACGCUUACCAUCGCUUUUUCUUUAGGUAUUAGUCCUAUAUCUUCGUUAUUAGUAGGAGAACUGUUUCCUUUGGAGUACAGGAGUACGGGGAGUGCUUUGGCUACAAGUUUCAGUCAUUUCUGUGGCUUUAUGAAUGUUAAAACAGCAGCAGAUUUCCAGGAACAUAUAGGCCUGUAUGGUCUCUUCUGGUUAUACGCUGGUCUAUCAGUUCUAUGUCUUCUAUUUGUUAUUCUCUUCGUCCCGGAGACGAAGGGGCGUGAAAUCGAUGAAAUGGACCCGAAAUAUGUCGAAUCGCUCUGUAUAAAUCGAUAGUACGAAUGAUAUUUUAAGUGUUUGUUGCGCAGAAUAUGCUCUGAACAGUCACAAGGUUUAUAUUGUAGCCGUAUUUGAAGCAGCAUACGAUUUUAAUACAAUUUUGUGAUAAUACUUAAUAUAACGAUGUAAUCAUAUUGAUGGUGUCAAUGAUAUUUAGACUAUUUUGCGCGACAAACGUAGAUUUUAAGCUUAAUUAGAUAAUUAGGUAGAAUUAUUAAUAAUUUUGGGCUACUUUAGGGUAAGCUAUCUGUCAGAUAGUGUAUAUUAAAUGAGAUUAUUCUUAAGAUAGCCCCAGUCUUCCGAGCUAAUACAGACAGGUCAUCAAUCAUCAUGCGAAAUAACAUUUACUGCUACUAAGUUUGUAAGUAUUUCUGUCUGUUUAGCGAAUAGUGCAGUAUUAUUCUUACUAAAGUAUUUGUCGAGUUGUGCCUUCAGUUCCUCAUCACAAGACUUUGAGUGGAUCUAGUUUGUGUGUGUGGUUGUGUUUAUGGUUGUAGCAAUUAGCAUAUAUGACAUAAUUUAUAUUAACCGAAAAUACACUUGAAUUCAUGCAAUGAAAGUCAAAUGUAGCGCUUAAAAACUAAACAGUAUUAUUGCAAAGUUAUCUCCAUAUCUCGCUACUGACACAAAUAAAAAUAGUAUUAAUGAUGCAGAAAACUAUUUCAAAUAAAUAUUUUUAAUAUUAACCUAGUUAUUUUUGUAACUGUUACAUAAUGAAAUGCAUUACAAAACGAGUGUUAUAUUUAAGAAACUACUUACUCAUGAUACUCGCUUGUUCGUUUCUAAAAGCUACACUCGUUCUGUAAUUAGCAUUUCAUUAUGUAACAUAUACAAAAAUAACUAAGUUAUUAAAAACCGUAUUAAAAUGUUUAUUAUAAUGAAAGUUUGGAGAACAAUUCUGGUAAAUCUUAGAAUAACCAUGCUAGUUGCUAUUACCCUAGUUUUCAGAUCUGUUGAUUUCUUUUCACAACUGUUAAUAUAAUUUAAUGUACAUACAAUUUAAUUUUAGUCGAAGAGCUUUUUGGUAUAACGGGUAACAUUUUAUAUGAUACAAAAUGGAGGUCUUUAUAAUAUAAGAGAGAGAGAGGUUGUUAAAAUACAAGUGACAUAAAUAAGGCAUUAUUAUUUUUUGAAAUACGUAAAAGAUAUUUCAGUACAAAAAUAGUUGUAUCUGUUUCUUUAAAUAUUUGCGAAACAAUUUUGAUAUAAAAUCUUAUCUUUUAUAAAGAAAAUAUGGUGCAAAAUUUCGAAUGGUCAAUUUUAUUGGCAAAGCAAAUUUUUAAGGCAGAAAUAAGACAUCUAUUGGUCAUUGAUAAUGUGAUAUAAUCAAUGAUAGCUUCCAAUAAAGGUGCUAAAAUAUAAAGAAAUGGAAUGCUGCGAAAGAAAAGGUGCAUUAGGGUAAUUUCGAAUCACAGAAAUGCUCGGGUAAUUUCGAAAGGGGAAUCUUGAAUAAUAGUGGUUUUUAUACGACGUUCGAAAUUAGACGACUUUCAAAAUUACCCUAAUGCGCCUUAUAUGUAGAGCAUUUAUUACGUAAACAUGUAGGUAACAAUAUUUAUUAGAUGCAUUUAUUUUCAGUUUUAUAAUAAUUUGUAAAAUGAAAUCAAAUGUGGAUAUGCACUAUGUUCGAUCGACGAUCAAUAAUGCGUGUCUUGUGACAUUAAUUAUGUAGGGUAGGUAUAAUGAGGAGGCACACUCAAAGGUUAUGACAGAUGGCGCCACCUUCUUAGUCCAUUGCACAGAUAAAGAAUUUCAUAUGUGAGAGCGAGAAGAUGUUUUUUUUUCUCUCUCUCACAUACGAAUGGCAGUGCCUAGGCACUUGCACAGGCGCCGCCAGGCGGGUAAAAUGUCAGUGUGCCUCCUCAUUAAAAAGUUACAUAUUCAUUUUGAGUUCAGUGUCAAAAAAUGAAAAUUAUAAUGACGUGGAAACUAUCCGCUUUUUAAUUUAUAGUUUUUACAUAACGACCGUAUGUACAUUUUUUAAAGAAAUUCCGUACUGGCAGCUAAUAGUACAUUACGAUACAAGUGCGAAAAAAGGAAGUUCGAAACGAGUGGCGAUAAAUUAAAACACCACCGAAAGGAGUCCCUCUGAAGCAAAGAAUUAUAUAACUCCGUAUAGACGGAUAAAGUCUAAGAAAAAAACGUACCUCAAAGCCCUAGAGAAAAAGGUACCUACGGUGGCCUAGAUGGCGUUACACCUUUGAGGAACGCUCGGCUAGAUGG